AUGGCAAAAUUGAAACAUCCCAUCAGCUGCAAGGCCCUUACUAAGCCACCAAAGGAUCAGAAGCCACCACCUUUCACAGGAGGGUUUGUUCCGAGCAAACCAACACAGAACAAGGUUUAUUCCUUUGAUCUAACCAAGGUGGAUGCUUUAAUGUUGCUGCAAAAGGCAAUAGAGACACCCCACAGGAUGCCCAAGCCAGAAGAGCUUAAGGGCAGGCAGUAUUGCAGGUGGCACAACUCUUAG